GGAUAGCAUUGAAUAUAAUUUUUGAGUAAAUUUCAAGAUAAUUUAUGCAUAUUUAUAUUUUUGUUGUUUUUGUCACAAGAUCAUUAUCGUAAACUAAACCUGGUUGAUUUAUUUAUAUGUCUUAAAAUGUGGAGCAGCGCAGUGGUGAUAAACAGAUCAUCAAAUCAAAAAUCUUUAAAAGAGAGACGUGAUCAUGAUGAGUUGUUUGGGAUACCAAAAAAGAUUAAUUCUUUUUUUGAUGAUGUAAGUGUUGAUGAAAUUAGUUUGUUUUCUGCAAGUUCAAAUGAACCAUCAAAGAAAGAUAUUGCUGAUAAUAAAUCAGUUGAUGAAUUUUUAACUGAAAAUUCAAAAGUUUUUGUUAACAAUGAGGAAUGCAGUAAAACUUAUGAAGCUCAGGAGUUUAUUGCAAAUGAACAUUUGGGAAGAAGAUCAUCUCAGAAGGGACAUAAUUUUGAUAUUGAUGAUAAUAUUGUUGCUUAUGACAAUGAAAUUAACAGACAGUUCACUGAUGUUAAAAAACAUAGUAUUACUGGUUCUUUACAAGAGGAGAUCGAACAAACAGACUUAUUAAACUCACAGAAAGAGUUUAAACAAACUGACUUAUUAAACUCACAGAAAGAGAUUGAACAAACAGAUUUAUUAAACUCACAGAAAGAGAUUGAACAAACUGACUUAAUAAACUCACAGGAGAAUCCAAAGUAUGGUAGUUUGUUUAUUUCUGAUUCAGAAAUUCAAAAUACAAAUAUUGAACAUGAAUCUCUUCCGUGUGAUAACAUUGACGAUAUUAUGCAGUAUAUAGCAAAACACAAUCUAGAUGAGGAGGAAGUAUCUUUAGGUUUUUAAAAUUUUAAAAAAAGUUUAUCUUGAUAGACUUUUUAUGUUUUAUAUUUUUUUGAUAAAA